AGCUCUGGGGCGGUGGCCGGCGGAGUAGGGCAAUGGGGCGGGACCCAACAGACUCUUUUAAGUGGUGUAAACAGCUUGAAGCGCUGGAGCUGCAGCCUGUCCACGAUGUGGCUCUCCGCUCUGGUCCUGACCUCCUUUGCCACUUCCAUAGCUUGGGGGGGGCACCCAUCCUCGCUGCCUGUGGUGGACACCGUGCAAGGCAAGGUCUUGGGCAAGUACGUCAGCUUAGAAGGAUUUGCACAGCCUGUGGCCGUCUUCCUGGGAGUCCCUUUUGCCAGGCCUCCUCUGGGGUCCCUGAGAUUUGCUCCGCCACAGCCUGCAGAGCCAUGGAACUACGUGAAGAACACCACCGCUUACCCUCCCAUGUGCUCCCAGGAUGCAAUGGGGGGGCAGGUGCUCUCAGAGCUCUUUACCAACAGAAAGGAGAAUAUUGCUCUCAAGUUUUCUGAAGACUGCCUUUAUCUAAAUAUUUACACUCCCGCUGACUUGACAAAGAAAAGCCGACUGCCGGUGAUGGUGUGGAUCCACGGAGGGGGUCUGGUGGUGGGCGGAGCAUCAACCUAUGAUGGGCUGGCCCUCUCUGCCCAUGAAAACGUGGUGGUGGUGGUCAUUCAGUACCGCCUGGGCAUCUGGGGAUUCUUCAGCACAGGGGACGAACACAGCCGAGGAAACUGGGGUCACUUGGACCAGUUGGCUGCACUUCGCUGGGUCCAGGAGAACAUUGCCAACUUUGGAGGGAAUCCAGGUUCUGUAACCAUAUUUGGAGAGUCAGCAGGAGGUGAAAGCGUCUCUGUUCUUGUGCUGUCUCCCCUGGCCAAGAACCUUUUCCACCGGGCCAUCUCGGAGAGCGGCGUGGCCCUCACGGCUGCCCUGGUUAGGAAAGACAUGAAGGAAACAGCUCAGCAAAUUGCUGUCUUUGCUGGGUGUAAAGCCACCACCUCGGCUGUCCUUGUUCACUGCUUGCGCCAGAAGACAGAAGAUGAGCUCUUGGAGACGUCGCUGAAGUUGAAAUUUUUUGCCCUUGAUAUGUUUGGAGACCCCAGAGAGAGCCAUCCCUUCCUGCCCACGGUCGUUGAUGGCGUGCUGCUGCCAAAGAUGCCUGAAGAGAUUCUGGCUGAAAAGAAAUUCAACUCCGUCCCCUACAUCAUCGGAAUCAACAAGCAUGAGUUUGGCUGGCUUCUUCCAAUGAUGAUGGGUUACCCACUCUCCGAGGGAAAGCUGGACCAGAAGACGGCUGCAUCACUCUUGUGGAGGUCCUACUCCAUCGCUGGGGUCCCUGAGGAGCUGACGCCACUGGCCACUGAGAAGUAUUUAGGAGGGACAGACGACCCCGCCCAAAAGAAGGACCUGUUCUUGGACAUGAUAGCAGAUUUGGUAUUUGGUGUCCCAUCUGUGACUGUGGCCCGUCAUCACAGAGAUGCCGGAGCCCCCACCUACAUGUAUGAGUUCCGGUAUCAUCCAAGCUUCUCGUCAAACAUGAAACCCAAGACGGUGGAAGGGGACCACGGGGAUGAGCUCUUCUCUGUCUUCGGGGCCCCGUUUUUGAAAGGUGGUGCCUCAGAAGAGGAGAUCGGGCUCAGCAAGAUGAUGAUGAAAUACUGGGCCAACUUCGCCCGGACUGGGAACCCCAAUGGGAAGGGGCUGCCCUCUUGGCCAGCUUACGACCAGAAGGAAGGGUACCUGCAGAUUGGAGCCACCACUCAGCCAGCCGAGAAGCUGAAGGAUGAGGAAGUGGAUUUCUGGACUGAGCUCCUGGCCAAGGGGGCGGCAGAAAUGCCACCUCGCACAGAACACGUGGAGCUGUGAAUGGGAAGCCUGCCUGACCUUGGGGUCCGGGGAGCUCAGACCGGGGUAUUCUACAGGUGGUGUUAAUGAGCCAAAGAGCAAUCUUACUGUGGAGGCUAGGGAUUAUUGGUGGAGGAGGGUGGAGGUCAGGGAGGGGAACUGUGGCUUCCAUUUGGGGAAUAAAUUCUUUCGGAGACCAAGUCAGUGUUGGUGUCUUGGGCUUGGUGGGCACCAUUGUCUGGAAGUCGCCUCUGGUGAAGACGGCUUGGCCCUGGGAGCUGCCAAGGAGGACUCCGCCUCUGGUCCUCAACAGCUUCCAACUACCGGAUGUGGGUGGCCAGAGUGCCCUGUCCCUCCCCUCCAUGAGGAGAUACCUGUAGGCAGGGAAGGGGCAUCGUCUGUGUGCGCACUCGAGGUGGCCGCGAGGGGAGGUGGCGCCGCACCCCUGGGGCACUGUGAUGUGGCCCUUACGAACUCUUCCCCAGGCCCAGAGCUUUUCUUCAAAGGACACAGCAGCCUGCUGGGCCCUUCCCUGAGGCCAUUCCUUCCAAGCAACUUGACUGGGUCCUUUCUGUAGCCUGGGCAUUAGGAUUUUUUAAAAAACUCCCUUUGUUUAGCUGGUAUGUAGCCAGCAUUGAGAACCACUGACCUAGUCCAUGCGUUCCUGAAGGCAGGAACCCUUUCUAUAGGUCUCUGGGACUUUGGGGCCCUGCACAAUGUGUGCGCUAAAUACAGACGGAUGGUAGGAUGCAUAAGCAGGGAGGAAAGGAGUGUUGCUAGGUUCCUGGAGAUCGCAAAAAAUGUAGGCCUUCUCAGGUGAUGAGAUGGACAGACUGAUAGGUGGUGGUCAGAUGGAACUUUACAAGGUCAAAGUGCUCUUCGGCCUUCAGUGAUUCAUUGAUUAUACCUUUGACUUCUAUAAGAAGAACAGUAACUAAAAGUUACCAAAUAUUUUCUAUGUAUCUUCAUAAUAAAGUACUUUUCCUAUUCA